ACCAGGAACGUACUGCAGCAAGAUGGACUCAGGAAAGGAGCAAUCUCAUUUGAAUCUCCAUCAAACACCUGAUCUUCAUCCAGAUGUCAUUGGAACUUGGAGUUUGCGCAACAGAGAACAGCUCAGAAAAAGAAAAGCUGAAGCCCAAGAAAAGCAAAUUUCACAAUGGCUACUUGGAGAACAGAAAAAACGCAAGCAGCAGAAAACAGGAAGACAAAAUCAAAGAGGCCGAAAGAGACAACAGAAUGCAGAACGGAAGGCGAAGGCUUGGUCAGGAAGAGAAAAGAAAAUGAUGGAGGAAGCCCUGGCACCUACAGAGAGAGAAACUGAGCCACCUGGGGGUGUAGCUGAAGCCCUUCCUUUGGCAGUCUUCCCCAGAAGAGCUGUGACAGAGGAACAUUCUUCUCAAAUACAUCAAGAAAGCAUUAUACAUCAGGAAAAUUCUUCUGAGUACCAAGAAACAGUAGUACAGAAUCAUCAUUCUGAAACAGGCCAAUCUAUGGCUGCGCCUGAAACCCUUUCUCCUAAAACAUGCCAAGAAACAGCUGCACUUCCCGACCAUUGUUCAGAAGUAUGCCAAGACAUGGCUGAACCUGAAGUCCUCACUCCUAAAACAUGUCAAGAAAUAGCUAUACUUCAUGACCAUCCUCUCAAAAUGUGGCAAGAGAUCACCCAACCCAGAGUUCUCUCUCUCGAAAUGUGUCAGGAAACAGCUGGUAUCAAAGCCCUUCCUUCUACAUCUGAUUAUGCAGCUGACCUGGAAGGAUGCUCUACUGAAGCAUCUCCCAAUCCAGAUGUGCCUAACAGCUAUCCUCUUGACACAUACCGAAACACAGCUGGACUGGAGGAAUUCAAUUCUGAGCCAGAUCAAGCAACAACUGAGGCUAAAGGUUUCUUUCCCAAAAUACAAGACAUAGCUGUGCCUAAAGAUCUUUCUACAAAAACAUGCCAAGAAACAGUUGAACCCGAAUACUUCUCUCAUGAAACACACACAGAAAUAUCUGUGCUUCCAACCUCCUCUCCUAAAACAAUCCAAGAGACACCUGCUCCUGAAGAAUGUUCACCUGACAUAUAUGAAGAAACACCUGGGCCUGGAGGAUAUUCACCUGACACAUACCAAGAAACACCUGAGCCUGGAGAAUAUUCACCUGACAUACCUGGGCCUGAAGACCUCUCCACUAAGACGUAUAGAAAUAAGGACAUGCCUAUACAAUGUCUUCCAGAACCAAAUGGAGAAACAGGUUGGCCCCAAGGCCAGGAUCCUGAAGCAUACCAGGAAGAUGCUGAGCAUGUUAACACUUUUCCUCAAGAAGUGAAAGAAAAACCUAAAGUAGAAGAACCAGAAAUACCAGCAAUUCCAUGUGUUCCUCAAGAAAUUCAUCCAGAAAAUGAUGUCUAUAGUUAUGUUUUGUUUUAACAAUGCUCAACCAUAAAGCUGUAUUCCAAUGGAAAGUCCAUCUUACUAAUGUUAUGUGUGUGAUUUUUCUCAAAAUAUUGUAGAAAUCUCUAUAAUUUUCAUUAAUAUUUUAACUUAAUUUCUCCCUUGAUUUUAGGCUAUAUUUGAAGGUUGAGAACUAAUAUUUUUUAAGGCAAUAUUCUGUGUGUGUGUGUGUGUGUGUGUGUGUGUGUGCACAUGUGGGUAUGUGUAUAUAUACAUUUGGGGGAAGUAGUGAAGAGACAAAACAAGGGGUGAAUAAUUGAUUUUCCCUCUAAGAACAAACAUUUAUUUGAUUUAUUCUUAAGAGCUGAUAAUUGACUAAAUCUGUACUUUUAAAAUUUGGGGAGUAUAUAAUUUUCUUGUAUGUUGUGUUCAAUUAUUGAUGUAACAAUAACAUCAAUUUUUUA